CAAGCCUCUCCAACCGGGAUGGAUGAUGUCUAAUCCUAAACCAAUUAAGAAUGCUAAUCCCUAGGAGGCCAGAUAUGCAAACUGCUCCCUAAUCUAGGGAAAACCACCUGACUGGGUCCAUAUGUGAGGGCUCCAGGAGAGCUUUCUUUAUAAGAGCAUUUGAAUUUACCACUUCCUGGAGAUUGGUGUACAUUUCCUGUCCCCAUUCUGCCUUAGACUGAGCGAUCAGUCCCAGCAACGCGGCAGUCCACUGGGCUGAAGUCAGAAGUGACUACUUUCUCAUCUACUUUUCAUCUGGUGGACACAGGCCUCAUCCAUGAGACAAAGAUGGUGGGUACAAAGACCAUCACAGGCACUGGUACCUCGAUGGGCCUAGCACAGCAGAGCAGUGGAGUCAGCAAUGUCAUAGUGAAAACUCCCUUCUAUCAGCCUGGCAUUACAUUGGCAUCUGCGGAGGCUUCACAUUCAUCCUACUACAGUUGGUGCUCAUCACAGCCUUUGCCCACUCCUGGAACAAGAACUGGUAAGAGGCACUCUGGCCUUCUACAAGCCUCUAUCAUCAGCUGCUAUAUCAUGUAUCUGACCUUCUCCACACUGUCCAGCCCUCCUCCAGAGAGAGGUAAGGGACAAGACCUGGACUCCCAGCGCCAAGACCUUUUCUGCCUCCGCCAAACACUCAGCUUUGUUCUUAACACCUUUGUCUUCUAUUGCCUCUCCCCAGUAAUCCUUCAAGGACAGAAUCACACACAGUGUCUGCCUGGUCUGAUUAAAAUGGAACCCCAAAUACCACUAGCAGUGCUAAGUGCUGCCAUCAUGUAUGUUUGUGUGCUUUUUGCUUGUAAUGAGGCUUCCUAUCUGGCUGAAGUAUUUGGGCCCCUGUGGAUCAUCAAAGUAUACAGCUAUGAGUUCCAGAAGCCCUCACUAUGUUUCUGCUGCCCCAAAACAGUGGAGCCAGAGAAUGGGCAAGGGGGUGGGAUAGCCAGGCCAGCUGACCAAGAGCCCCCUCCAGCUCCUCCAGGGCAAGCCCAGCAUUUUUCCUACAGCUACUCUGCCUUCCACUUUAUCUUCUUCCUUCCUUCACUCUACAUCAUGGUUACUCUUACCAACUGGUUCAGCUAUGAGGAAGCAGAACUGGAGAAAACCUUCACCAAUGGUAGCUGGGCUACCUUCUGGGUCAAGGUUGCCUCAUGCUGGGCCUGUGUACUCCUCUAUCUGGGGCUGCUACUGGCACCAAUUUGUUGGUCUCCCACCCAGAAUCCCCAGCCCCUUCUUAGCCUUAAUCAAGACUGCCAUCAUAUCAGUACUGCAAAGUAAAAAACAGCCUCCAGUCUAGGUUAUUUAACAAACAGGGCUUCCUUAAGUUUGUGCCCCUAGUCUUGGCUAUGGGGAGUUCAGCACCUAAAGGACAUAACUGGAAGAAGUGGUCAAACACACCCUAAUGCCAUGGGCAGCUUCUGACUCACUGGAGAUACCGUUAUGUCUUCAUCCCAGCUCAAGAGCCUAACUCAAAAUCAGCUCAGGUACCACUGCUUGAUCCGAGCAGACAGUGUGGCACCAGUCCCUUCCUGGCUCCUGAGCUGGAGGUGGGGGUAGGGAAAGACAACAGGGUCUCAAGACUUGGGUCUGCCUUUGGAGAUAAAAAAAGAAAAUGAGCAGUUUGGUCCUGGGCACAGGGAUAUAAGAAGCCCAGAACCACAGAACAAACCAGGGCAAAGGAAGAAAAGAGUUCAAAGGCUACCCCAGGUUUUAAUCCUGAUGUUGAGGGUCAAAGGAAGUGGGAAGACAAAAACCACCCUCAUUCCACAAGGAAUGACAAAAGAGAAAUAGGAACACUUAAGAGCAGCUGACAACUGAAGUUGGUGAGCAGGAUUUUUUGGCUAACUUUCAAGCAGACAGACAAACUGAGGAAGAAUGAGGAGGAAGAGAGGCAUAAACUUAGGUUUUGGAACAUUCCCUCUUAGGUCCUCAACUCCAUCCUCAGGAUGGUGUUCAAGGUCUGGGUGGAGGACAAAAAUCACAGAAAAGAAGUCUAUGUUUCUUAAAGGACUCCUCUACCACAUAAUUGGAUUGCUUUUCUGGCUCUAAUAGUAAAAUAAAGGAUUCUUCUGUGAUGUUUCACUUAUUAAGUCUACAGAUCCAC